AUGCCGACUCCUUCGAAUGCCAUAGAGAUCAAUGAUGGAUCACACAAAUCUGGUAGAAGUACUAGGCGAUCUGGCUCCAGGAGUGCGCACGAUGAUGGCUUGGAUUCGCUUGGGAAGGGCGAUUCGGGUGCUGGAGCUAGCGCUGGUAGCAGUAACAGUCGAUUCAGACAUCGAAAAAUAUCUGUGAAGCAGCACCUUAAGAUAUAUUUGCCCAACGAUUUAAAGCAUUUGGAUAAAGAUGAAUUGCAACAGAGAGAAGUCGUUGAGGUGGAAACUGGUGUAGAGAAAAAUGAAGAAAAGGAAGUUCAUUUGCAUCGAAUAUUGCAAAUGGGUUCUGGCCACACAAAGCAAAAGGAUUAUAUUCCGACACCAGAUGCUUCUAUGACUUGGAGUGAAUUUGAUAAGUUUUAUUCAGGCACGUUCCAGGAAACCACUAGCUAUAUCAAGUUUUCCGCCACUGUAGAGGAUUGUUGUGGUAGCAACUAUAAUAUGGAUGAAAGAGACGAGGUCUUUUUGAAUGAACAAGUCAACAAAGAUUCGCCAGACAUUUUAACUGAAGAUGAAUUUGAAAUUCUUUGUUCUAGUUUCGAACAUGCUAUCCAUGAACGCCAACCUUUCUUGAGCAUGGAUCCUGAGAGUAUACUCUCGUUUGAAGAGCUGAAGCCCACAUUAAUCAAAUCCGAUAUGGCUGAUUUCAAUCUGAGAAACCAGUUAAAUCAUGAGACAAACUCUCAUAAAACUCACUUCAUCACGCAAUUCGACCCCAUUUCACAAAUGAACACAAGACCUUUAAUUCAGCUAAUUGAGAAGUUCGGCUCUGAAAUUUACGAUUAUUGGAGAGAAAGAAAAAUUGAAGUUAACGGGUACGAGAUUUUCCCGCAGCUGAAAUUUGAAAGGCCGGGUGAGAAAGAAGAAAUCGAUCCAUAUGUCUGUUUCAGAAGAAGAGAGGUGAGACAUCCGAGGAAAACGAGACGUAUUGAUAUUUUGAACAGCCAACGUUUAAGGGCUCUGCAUCAGGAAUUGAGGAACGCCAAGGACCUAGCUCUUCUAGUUGCCAAACGUGAAAAUGUCUCCUUAAAUUGGAUCAAUGAUGAGUUGAAGGUCUUUGAUCAAAGAAUACAAGUCAAGAAUUUGAAGAGAUCCUUGAAUAUUAGUGGUGAGGACGAUGAUCUGGUUAACCACAAGAGGAAACGAUCACUAAUUGUCACUGUUGAACAGAGAGAGGCGGAGCUAAAGAAAGCAGAACUCAAAAGAGCAGCUGCAGCUGCCGCUGCAAAAGCCAAGAAUAGCAAGAGGAAUAAUCAACUCGAUGACAAAUCUUCCAGGCUAUCCAAGCAACAACAGCAGCUGCUAUUACAACAAGAGCAAGAAGAGCAACAAAAUGCCCUUAAAUCUGACAAUGGCAAACAACUCGCAGCCACAUCUUCCUCUUCAGCAUCGCAGCCCCUUACAUCUCAUGUUUACGUUAAACUACCAUCUUCAAAGAUCCCCGAUAUUGUAUUGGAAGAUGUGGAUGCUCUGCUAAAUAGCAAAGAGAAAAAUGCGAGAAAGUUUGUACAAGAGAAGAUGGAGAAGCGGAAAAUCGAAGACGCAGAUGUAUUCUUCAAUUUGACGGACGAUCCCUUUAAUCCGGUAUUUGAUAUGUCAUUACCCAAAGAUUUCUCGACGAACAAUAUACCAUUUUCGUCUAUCGCAUCAUCUCAUUUCCAAAUUGAUAGAUCUUUUUAUUCUCCACAUCUACCAGAAUAUCUAAAAGGGACCUCUGAUGAUAUCAAGAUUUAUGAUUCGAAUGGCCGUUCGAGGAAGAACGAUAACGACAACCUGAAUACUAAGAGAAUCAAGAAAACAGAAUUAUAUGACCCAUUUCAAGAAAAUUUGGAAAUUCAUUCGAGAGAAUAUCCAAUUAAAUUCAGGAAGAGGAUCGGCCGGUUCAAUAUUCAAUACAUUGAUCGCAUGCCGAACUAUACAACAUCAUCCGCUAAGCCAGCGUGUUCUCUAAUGGAUUUUGUGGACUUCGAUUCAAUUGAAAAGGAACAAUAUUCGAAAGAAGGUAGCAAUGAUAAUGACUCGAUAAAUGUUUACGAUUCCAAAUACGACGAACUUGUGAGACUUCACGAUAAGUGGAAGUAUGAUUCGCCACAGAAUGAAUACGGUAUCAAGUUUUCGGAUGAGCCAGCAAGACUAAAUCAAAUUUCAAACGACACUCAAGUUAUAAGAUUCGGUACUAUGUUGGGUACAAAAUCCUAUGAACAAUUAAGAGAAGCUACCAUCAAAUACCGUAGAGAUUACAUCACCAGGUUGAAACAAAAGCAUAUACAACAUUUGCAGCAGCAGCAACAACGACAACAACAGCAGCAGCAGCAGCAACAGCAACAACAACAGCAAACACAACAGCAAACACAACAACCGAAGCAGAAGCAGCAAAGCAAUCAUUCAAAUUCCUCCAACUCCCUGAAAAAAUUGAACGACUCGUUGAUUAACGCGGAAACUAAACAAAACUCUUCUAUAACCCAAAAAAACUCUUCGUGA